AUCUCUUUAAUUCCUUCCUGCUGCUCUCUCCUCUGCAUCUCUGCUACGAACUUGAUUGGAUUCAUUCAGAUCCCCUGUGCUGUGUCUUCAUUCUUCACUGCUCGGGACAGCCAACCCAAAUGUAUAUGGAUAUCUCCACCUUAGAAGACUGGUAUCUUGAUUCUUGCAGAAGGCAUAAGGUUCAAGCAAACUCUGCUGUAUUAUCAUGGUUUUUGAAGGCCAAGAUUCAAAAGUCUUGUCAAAAGACAUCAAACAUUGUGAUUUUGUUAGAUCAGCUGAAGGAUACAGAUAUUCCUCCAUUAAUUGAUGUAUUUCAAGCUAUUGACGCCUCUGACAUUGAUGUUGUUGACAUAAUUCAAGAAUCACCUUCUAUCUUGAAUGAAGACUACCUUUUGUCACUGAUGAAUGCAGUCAAACUAAAACUUCGAGUUGUUGAUCUCAGGAACACCUCACUGACAAAGGACUUUUUAAGGGAUCUCUGUCAUGGUGGCUUGUCUUGCCAAGUGUUAAACUUGCGGUCAACUCACAUCCAAAAACUGAACAUGGUUGGAUGCUUCAAGCAAUUACAAACCUUAAAUUUGGAUUUCUGUACUUCACUUACUAGUCUGGAAAAGGACUGCUUUUCUUGCAUGCCGAAUCUGAUGUGUCUCUCCAUGUGUGAGACAAGAGUUGCUAAUCUCUGGAUGACAACUGCAUCUCUGUCAAAACUUCCUUCUUUGGUUGAACUCCGUUUCCAGAAUUGUUUGUGCUGCAAGGGUACUGGGCCAUGCUGUGGAUCAACUGGUGAAAAUGAAAAUCUUGCAGGUGAGAGAUCUGGUUCAGCUGCACUGCAUAUUUGUUCAUACCGCGAGGAACAAUCUACAGAUGAGCCAGGCCCCGGCCUACAUUCUGUCAAAGAGUCAUCUAUGCUACUUAGCAGUAAGACUGAUGCAUCAGAUGCUGAUAAACUUUCAGGAGACCUGCAAAGAAUUGGUUCAUCAGAGGACAAAAAUGACCACCCUAAGAGUGUGCAGAAUUUGAUGGAUGUCACCUUUGCAGGAUCAUUGAACAAAUAUAUGUGGCGCCAUCCUUCACCAAUAUGCUUUGAGAAACAUUACAGAGAGUACAUAGUUGCUUCCCUGCCUCUUUUAGAAGUAUUAGAUAAUAUGUCUAUUAAAAAGAGUGAGAGAGAAACCGCAAAGGCUAUAUACUCAAAAUACUAUGAAUACUUACCAUAUAAACACAAGCGCAAAAAAAGUGUCAUUAAGAUCUUGCAAGAUCGUGAAGUGGGAGCAGCUGGCCUUUACCAGAAAGACCCUUCAAAGCUAAGGCAGCCACAUUCUUAUGGAAAGAGUCAAACUUUCUUCUCAAGGUCUCUAAGUGCUGCCAAACUUGGAUCUUCUGCAUGGCCCCUCUUACAUCCAGUGGCCAAUUUUGGCUACAUAUAUAAAGGAGAAAGUAAGAGGCUUCGUCCAAGGCAGUUUGAGUACCACCCUUCUGAUUGUAGCCUUAUGGCUUUUGGAACUUUGGAUGGUGAAAUAGUCAUUCUUAACCACGAAAAUGGAAAUAUUGUUGGUUAUAUCCCAUCAACAGGAGCAAUGAACAGUGUGCUGGGUCUUUGUUGGCUUAAUAAAUAUCCAUCCAAGCUUCUGUCUGGUUCUGAUAAUGGUCUAUUGAAAUUGUUUGAUAUUAAUCAUUCCCUGCUGAAAGUUGGAGACACAUGUUGCAAUUCAGAUACAACUUAUGAAGAUUUUGAACAAUUGACGUCUGUUCAUGUCAAUUCAACUGAUGAUCAGUUCCUUGUAAGUGGGUACUCAAAAGGAGUUGCACUAUAUGACAUUGGCACUGGAAAACGUUUACAAGUGUUCACCAAUAUGCAUCAGGACCCCAUUAACGUUGCUAAAUUUGCCCACCAUUCUCCCUUUAUGUUUGCUACUUCAUCAUUUGACAAUACUGUGAAAAUGUGGGAUUUGAGACACAGACCAUUACAGCCUUGCUAUACGGCUUCAAGCACCAGAGGAAAUGUCAUGGUUUGCUUUUCACCUGAUGAUCUCUAUCUCCUUGUAUCUUCUAUAGAUAAUGAGGUCAAGCAACUUUUGGCAGUAGACGGGAGGCUCCACACAAGCUUUGACAUAGCAUCAACAGGGAGUUCUCAGAACUAUACUCGUUCAUAUUAUAUGAAUGGGAGGGACUAUAUCAUCAGUGGUAGUUGUGAUGAACAUUUAGUUCGAAUCUGCUGUGCCCAGACUGGAAGACGGCUAAGGGAUGUCUACAUGGAGGAUAGAGAGUUGGGAAACUCUUUGUUUGUACAGUCCUUAAGGGGUGAUCCUUUCAGGACCAGAAUGCAUUCUCUACAAAUCUUCAUUAAUCAGACAUCAGUUUGCUUCAUAAUUCUGCACUAUAUACUGUCCCUCGGUGAAACAUCAUCUGAACACAAGUCCCUGUGUUUUCGAUGCAGUAUUUCCACUUCAGUGUAUUGGCAGCCUCAAUGCGUCCCACAGCAAAGCAGCAGAUCAUCAAGGUCAAUCUACUUGCUUCAAGUCACCAUGCUGAUGAACAUUCUCGCGAUGAAGAUAUCCAUCCUACCUGUGGCCUUGGAGGUUGACGUACCAAACUGAAAAAGAUGGUGUACAUAAUUCUGUAUUCAAAUGUAUGUUUUGGAAUGUAAGCAUCAAAAGUUGUAUAUGGGGUGCUUAAUACCCCUUCCCCAAAAAAUUCCCCAUGUUCAAAAAACUAAAAAUCAGAAAAAUAAAUAAAUUUAAAAUCCAUUU